AGGGCGCCAACAUGAAGGAAAAUGUGGCAUCCACAGGUGUUUUCAUUCUGCUACUUUUUCUCAACACCGAUCUCCUAAAUGGACAGUCACCUCCAGGAAAACCUGAGAUUUUGAAAUGUCGUUCUCCUGAAAAAGAAACUUUCACUUGCUGGUGGAAGCCUGGGACUGAUGGAGGACUUCCUACCAAUUACACUUUGACUUACCACAAGGAAGGAGAGACACUCACCCAUGAAUGUCCAGACUACAAAACCGGCGGCCCCAACUCCUGUUACUUUAACAAGAAGCACACCUCCAUGUGGACAUUAUAUGUCAUCACAAUAAACGCCACUAACCGGAUGGGAAGCAGCGCCUCGGAUCCACGCUACGUGGAUGUGGCUUACAUAGUUGAGCCUGACCCUCCUGUGAACCUGACUUUAGAAGUAAAGCAGCCAGAAGACAGAAAGUCAUAUCUAUGGAUAAAAUGGCUUCCACCUACACUGGUUGACGUAAGGUCUGGUUGGCUAACCCUCCUCUAUGAAAUUCGAUUAAAACCUGAAAAAGCAGUCGAGUGGGAGACCCAUUUUGCUGGGCAGCAGACCCAGUUUAAGAUCCUCAGCUUAUAUCCAGGACAGAAAUACCUUGUCCAGGUUCGUUGCAAGCCAGACCAUGGAUUCUGGAGUGAGUGGAGCCCAGAAAGUUCCACUGAGAUACCCAGUGAUUUCACCAUGAAAGAUAUAACCGUGUGGAUCUUUGUGGCUGUUCUUUCUGCUGUUGUUUGUUUGAUUAUAGUCUGGGCAGUGACUCUGAAAGGAUACAGUAUGAUGACCUGCAUCCUCCCACCAGUUCCUGGGCCAAAAAUAAAAGGAUUUGAUACUCAUCUGCUGGAGAAGGGCAAGUCUGAAGAACUCCUGAGUGCCCUAGGAUGCCAAGACUUUCCUCCCACUUCAGAUUGUGAGGACUUACUGGUGGAGUUUCUAGAAGUAGACGACAGUGAGGACCAGCAGCUAAUGCCAGCCCACUCAAAAGAACACCCAAGUCAAGGCCUGAAACCCACUCACCUGGAUCCUGACAAUGACUCUGGCCGAGGCAGUUGUGACAGUCCUUCACUUCUGUCUGAGAAGUGUGAGGAAGCCCGAGCAAAUCCUCCUACCUUCCAUGCUCCUGAAGUCAGUGAGAAACUAGAGAAGUCAGAAGCCAAUGUGACCUGCACCUGGGAUCCCCAGGAUGUACACUUGGAAGGUAAAAUACCCUAUUUUCAUGCUGGUGGAUCUAAAUCUUCAACAUGGCCUUUAGCCCAGCCAUCCAACCACCACAAUCUACAAUCUUCUUACCAUAACAUUGCAGAUGUGUGUAAGCUGGCUAUGGACCCGGUGUGUGCAGCCACCACUUUGUUGGACAAAGCAGAAGAGGAUACUCUAAAAGCCACUAAAAUCAUGGAGACUGGAGGAGAGGAAAGGGCAGACAAGCCAAGGGAGGUGGAAAGCUUCCAUUCCAAGACUGACCAAGACACAGCAUGGCUGUUGUCCCAGCAGAAAACCCCUUUUCUCUCUGCUAAACCCUUGGAUUAUGUGGAGAUUCAUAAGGUCAACAAAGAUGGAGCGCUAGCAUUGCUCCCCAAACAAAAAGAGAACAACUACAAAUCAGAGAAGGCUGGUAUUCCAGAAACCAGUAAGGAGUAUGCCAAGGUGUCCAGGGUGAUGGAUAACAACAUCCUGGUCUUAGUGCAAGACCCUCGGGCUCAAAAUGGAGCUUUGUUGGAAGAAGCAGCCAAGGAGACUCCGCCAUCACCUCAACAGUUUCAAGCUGAGAAAAACCUGCCCUGCUUCACGGGGACUCCAAACAACUGCAGACUCCAGAUGGGGGGCUUGGAUUACCUGGAUCCCACGUGUUUUAUGCACUCCUUUAACUGA